GACGCGCGCGGCGGUUGAGGGGCUGGAGGAAGCGCGGCGCCGGGCCGGGCCGGGCCCUGGAGAUGGUCCUGGGUGCCGCGGGCUGGUGUUGUCUCGUGCUCUGGCUCCCCGCGUGCGGCGUGGCCCAUGGCUUGCGCAUCCAUGAUUAUUUAUAUUUUCAAGUCCUGAGUCCAGGAGACAUCCGAUAUAUCUUCACAGCCACACCUGCCAAGGACUUUGGUGGUAUUUUUCAUACAAGGUAUGAGCAGAUCCAUCUUGUUCCCGCGGAACCUCCCGAGGCCUGUGGGGAACUCAGCAACGGUUUCUUCAUCCAGGACCAGAUUGCUCUGGUGGAGAGAGGGGGCUGCUCCUUCCUCUCCAAGACCCGGGUGGUACAGGAAUACGGCGGGCGGGCAGUGAUCAUCUCUGACAAUGCAGUUGACAAUGACAGCUUCUACGUGGAGAUGAUCCAAGACAGUACCCAACGCACAGCUGACAUCCCUGCCCUCUUCCUGCUCGGCCGAGAUGGCUACAUGAUCCGCCGCUCCCUGGAACAGCAUGGGCUGCCAUGGGCCAUAAUUUCCAUCCCAGUCAAUGUCACCAGCAUCCCCACCUUUGAGCUGCUGCAGCCGCCCUGGACCUUCUGGUAGAAGAGUUGGUCCCACAUUCCAGCCAUAAACAACUCUGGGCUGGGAAGAGGAAACUCAGGCGUUCUUCUGUUUGAACUUUGAGAAGGGGGACCAGGCUGGGGCCUGGGUAUACUACGGAGAGUCACCCACUGCCCUUCCCCUUUCCGGCUCUCAAGGGAUUUUCAUGCUAUGGGAAGAAGCACCAGACCCCAGACCAGCAUUUCUGUUUAGAAUCUGAAACAAAAGACAGUGACCUAAAGGUCAUCUGUGACCUAUCAAAUCCCUUGUGGUCUCCCCAACUAGGAUCGCCUCAUUAUGUUCUUCAGCAGCUGCUGGACUGGUUUAAGGAGCUGGUCUCUGGGGAUUCAAGAACUCCCCCUGACUUUUUAGCAAUAAAUUACCUCUCAUCAGG